AUGCACGAAGGAGGGCAUGAGCAACGAGUGGCCAACGAGAUGGCCAGUGAACAGUGCCAGAGACCCGGUCACGAUGUUGCUCAACUGGCCGAACGGACCGAGGUACAGCUGGACAGGAAUGAUGCCAACUUGGCCGAACACACAACUCACGGUCGAGUGACCGGCGAGUCACGUUUGUGCAGGCAUACAGACGCGAGAGGGACAUUAGAGUUGGUCUUGUGCACCAAGAUUUUCACGUUAGUUACCGCGUUGUUCGCAGCCAUCUCGAGUCUGUUUGCCCAAGUGGUGGCCAGUCAAUAA